CGUAGGUGUAAAUAAUAUCUUUGGCCCGUUGUGUGUUGUGGUAAUGUGUGACAAAAUGUUAACAAAAUAAUGAUUGUGAAGCAUCCUAAGCCAGCAGGAAGAAAAUACAUUCGUAGCGCUACAAAAAUUUUAUUAGUGGCCGAGGCUAUUGCAUUUGCAGGAACGUAUGCUGCAUGGUAUCGAAUGAAUACAUCUCGAGACUUUCGGCUUUACAUGUACCACAAUUUUAACUGGGCAUUGGAAGGUUUCUAUAGAACUGGUGAAUACCUGGGAUCCAGUAACAUACGGGAUAUUGAUAUGUCCGUGUGGAUUCAGGAAGGCAAAGUGCGGAAGGUCGAAAAAUAGUGUCGGGGAAAUUAGUGUGUUAUGGCUCUUGUAAAAUCAGUUAUUUAUAUGCUGAGCUUCGGAGCUUUAGGUUAUACUUUAAUGAAGGUGACAUCGUCAAAUAAUACAGAACUUGAAAAGGUGAGAGAAAUUGAGACGAUCUGAUCCAGCUUACCAGUCAGAUGUGCAGCGAAAGAAGCAAGAAAUGCUUAACGUUUUGCGUGGUGCAGCUCAAGAUUCUACACCUAUUUACCGAAAGACCAAAGAAGAAGUUGAAACAAAAAA